AUGAAUCUUCAAAUUACGAUAUUGGUUGUAGUUGCAAUGAUAAUGACGAUCGGUCAUAUAAAUGCACAAACAUGUCUAAUUAACAAUGGUAUGCUUCCAGCAUCAGGUGCAUGUCUUGGUCCAUUACAAAGAGCGGUUGUUAGAUUAUCGAGUUCUAGCACAAACCAAGAAUGUCCUCCCAAUCAAGUUCGAUUCAAUAUUGACGGUGAUGAAUCUAGAGCAAUGUGUGGAGAAUGUGUACCUGGUACAUCGGGAAUAGAGUCACCUGGUAUGUGCGGAAUGAACGAGUAUUGUAACGAUAAUGGAGUGUGCACUUCACUGCAGUCACAUCCUCUACUCGAUAGUAUGUGUCCCCAAGAGACCGACAAUAACAAUCCAACGCUUGGAUGGUGUGGACCAGGUCUACAUUGUUACAGUCACCGUUGCCAAGUAUGUCUCGAGGGAUCGGUUGACAAUACCGACGGCAAGAUGUGUAUAAAAGGUGAAUGGACCUACUCGUCGUGGGAUCAAUUCAAAUAUGCUAUCGACCCAACAACUCUAUUUAUCUUUAUCAUCUUCUUGCUGGUUGCAUUGUACAUUGUCUACUCGCUGUCUCGAUCUCUACUACCCAAUGCAAAGGAGUGGAAGAGUCUUGGUCGUUGGGUAACCAAAAAGACAAAGAAAGUGAUUCCUACUAAAUCAAACAAUAAUAACAAUAGCAACUUUUCAACUAAAAGAUCAAUAACUAAACAACAACAACAACAACAACAACAACAAAGAGAUGGUGACUAUAAUAAUAAUGAUAAUGAUUACGGUCAAGAUGGUGCUGACGGUAUUGAGCUGCAAGAUUAUCACCAUCAUAAUUAA